GUCAGUCAGUCUGCCAGUUGCUUCCAAGCCAGCGGCCAUGUGCCCAAAGUACUAGCGUGGCCGUUUCUUAUUGUUCGCCGAGAGUUCACUCGCGUGUGUAAAAGUACACAGAAUUAGGCGGGGAUCAAUUGAGUACCUAGGUACUGACGAAGACGCGCCGCGUGUGUUAAUUUUUUUGGUGAUCCUCACCGUAGAACGUUGUCGGUUUGAGCUCGCGAUCGCGGAUCGUGUUCAAGUGAGACAGACGCCCGUCGUGUGCGAAGAGUUGACUCUUGAGACGUGAGUUGGUGGGCUGGGAGUUGUUCGUUCAGUUCACUAAGCUGGUCGUGAUUUUGCUCACCGAUUGUCACACGUUAAUACACUGCGAAUGUGUACGAAUGGUGGAUGUCGCGCUCGCUCGCUGGUUAUUGGUGACUGAUUUGCGUUGAAUAUCUGAGACUUGGGGUUUAAUUAUAAUCGGUGUUUGGUGGCGAGCGGAUCGUUUUCUUACUUCGGUGCCUUUGAGGCUAUUUUGUGCUCAGAAGACUCUUCAGAUAUUUUUGGGUUUGUUUUCAAAACCUUUCGUGUUAGUGGUGCUCAAGAGAGAUCGCAAUCGGGUUAUGUGAUCGAAAUUUGAAGAAGAUUUUUGGAAACAAGUGCAUAUUGUGAAGUGCUCAAUGGAAAGAUAAAUGAAGCGUUUUAUGUGAAUUGUGAAUUACAGAAUUUAACUGAAUACAAACGCUUGAUUGGCAGACCGCAAAAAAUUUUGGAUACUACAGCACCACUCAGUUCCUGCUAAUUCUUCAACUAUAAAACUCGGAAUUACGAAGCAUACAGCAAACGUGUACCAUUUUCUGUUUUAAUCGAAGGAAGCAAAAUUAAUUCCCCAGCAUCAUGGUAGGACAAAGAAUAGCAAACUCUUUACUCAAGAGAUCGGCAUUUUCAUCUGCAAUCAAUGUGCUACCAAACGAAGCCGCCGCCACAAUCGAUCCACCUCCGUUGGCCGACUAUCGGGGCCAUGUGAAACCGUACUCGGAUGUGCCGGGACCAAAGGAACUACCCCUGAUUGGGAACAGCUGGCGCUUUGCUCCCUUGAUUGGCCAGUACCGUAUCGAAGAUCUGGACAAAGUGAUGUGUGAUCUGCACCGACACUUUGGCAAAAUAGCCAAGGUCGGCGGCCUCAUCGGACACCCGGACCUGCUGUUCGUGUUCGAUGCCGAUUUGAUUCGAGACACAUUCAAAAAGGAGGAAGUCCAGCCACACCGCCCAGCGAUGCCGUCGCUUCGAAACUACAAGUCCAAGCUGCGGAAAGAUUUUUUCGGCGACAACAUGGGCCUGAUUGGAGUACAUGGUGAAAAGUGGGACGCCUUCCGUGCCCAGGUCCAGCAAGUGAUGCUGCAACCGACGACGGCGAAAAAAUACAUCGCACCUCUGGACGAAAUUUCCACCGACUUCAUGGCCAGAAUACACGAAAUGCGCGACGAGAACAAUGAACUGCCGGGCGAUUUCCUCCAUGAACUCUACAAGUGGGCGCUCGAGUCCAUCGGACGUGUUGCGCUGGACACCCGACUUGGCUGUGUUUCGAAAACGGGCAACGAGGAAUCGAAACGAAUCAUCGACUCAAUCAACACCUUUUUCUGGACCGUUGCCGAGGUUGAGCUGCGGAUGCCCAUCUGGAGGAUAUAUAAGACCAGUGCCUACAAAAAGUACCUCGGUGCAUUGGACACUUUCCGGGAGCUAUGCAUGCGACACAUCAACAUCGCGAUGGAAAAGAUGAACAAUAGCUCUGAAGUGAAAAGUGAAGAGCACAUUUCCAUAGUCGAACGAAUCCUGCAAAAGACCAACAACCCUAAAAUUGCCGCCGUGCUUGCAUUGGACUUGAUCAUGGUUGGCGUCGACACGACAUCCGUUGCGGCUACCUCGACCAUUUAUCAGCUGAGCCAGAACCCAGACAAGCAGGAAAUUUUGUUUAACGAAAUCAAACGCAGUCUACCGACGCCAGAUACCAAAUUCACCAUUUCGAUGCUGGAAACGAUGCCAUAUCUGCGAGCGUGCAUCAAAGAAACGCUGAGAAUGUAUCCGGUUGUAAUCGGAAACGGAAGGAGCCUUCAGUCGGAUGCCGUUAUCGGAGGAUAUCACAUUCCCAAGGGGACCCAUGUCAUCUUUCCCCAUCUGGUGGUAUCCAAUUUGGAAGAAUAUUUCCCAGAACCAGACCGUUUCCUACCCGAACGGUGGCUGAAACGAGGCGAGCUGAAAGAACACGCCGGAUGUCCCCACGCAGGUCAGAAAAUCCACCCCUACGUUAGUUUGCCCUUCGGUUACGGACGGCGAACCUGCAUUGGACGACGAUUUGCCGAAUGCGAGCUACAAAUUCUUUUGUCCAAGUUGUUCCGGCGGUACCAUGUGGAAUACAACUAUGAAAAGUUAACCUACAAGGUAAACCCCACCUAUAUCCCCGAUAAGCCUCUGAAGUUUAAACUGACCGAACGCACCGACUGACUGUAAGCUGGCGAUGUGCGUAAAAUACGGCUCAUGAAAGAAGCUGAAGGGUUAAAAUAGCUAUAAUAGCAUGUAAGGGUUCGUACCGGCAUGUCCGUGAACGAAUAUGCACACGACACGGGUACGGAGAAUGUAAUAAAAUAUUUAUGUACAUAAAUGUAUGGAAUAAAUUGAGAUAAGACUAACAUGUAGAUAACGAGA